CAACAUUGUGCUUCUGUUUUCGCUUCAGCGGCGUGUGUUGCACGUGUAAAGAAAAUUUUUGUGGUCUGUCCGCGUUUCCGAUCCGUCGUUUACGGUAGCAAAAUGGCCAAGGUGAAAGCGACGCAGAAGGCCGCCAAAAUGAAGCGGAUGAUCAGCUUGCGGGACCAGAGGCUAAAAGAAAAGGAUCGUCUCCCUCCCAAAAAGAAGAAAAAGGAGGACCCUCAUGCCAUCAAAGUUUCCGAGGCGCCGCACUACUCCUCGGCGCUGUUCUUCAAGUACAACACACAGCUGGGACCUCCGUUCAGGAUCCUCAUCGACACAAACUUCAUCAACUUUGCCAUCAAAAACAAGCUGGAUGUCAUCCAGUCAAUGAUGGACUGCCUGUAUGCCAAAU